AUGAACAUGUGCAACUUUUUCCUGGUGUUUAACAUUUGUACCAUUUCCAUCUGUUCUUUAUGCCUGUGUUUGCUUAGAAGGAAAUGUCAAGUGUUGGAUAGAAAAUAUUUCCAGUCCGAUAUAUCUUGGAAGUUCAAAAAAUGUGGUGAUUUUGAGCUUCUGAACUACACAGUUGCUGUGAAUUGUGACACGGUGCAAACCCUCAAUAUAUCCUUUGCAGAAGUUCCUGUAGUAACAGACUGGCUUUGUCUUACGAACUAUAAAGGCUCCAACAUUGAAGCAGGAAUCUUGACAAGGUUAAAAAACCUCAAUGCCUUAUACAUAACUGGAAAUUUUGAACUUCUGUCUGGAAACUUUAAGGGUCUCUCUCAACUGUCCAGACUAUGGAUAGAGUCAGAAAAUAUAUCUGGAAAAAUUAUCUUUCAUAGAGAUACUUUUGAUGGAUUGCACUACCUUCAGGAGUUAAAGUUAACCCGGAUUCCGUUUUUAACCUUGGAUAUAUUGUUGUUUAGCAAUGUUCAUCACCUAGUACACUUGAUAUUGAAGGAAAAUAACAUUAGGUUUUUGUCAACGGUAACAAAACCCUUGGGAAAGCAUAUACUACUGGAAAAACUCUCAAUCAUCAACAACAACAUUCAGGUCCUAAGGGAAGAAGACUGUAUACAUUCUGAAUAUCCAACAACUGAUAGUCCAUUUGUGGACUUUAACAUCAGUGUUCUAGAUCUAAGUAGGAACAAGUUACAAACUAUCGAAAAUAACUCUUUGUGCAACUUUCCACACUUAACACUUUUUAAAGCUUAUGAAACAAAAAUCACCAUGGAAGAUAUCCUUAGGUCGGGUAUUAAAACAAUGGAGACACUUUUAUUGUCAAAUACGGACAUAGUUUCGAUUGAACUCUGCAAAACAGCUUCCUAUUUCAAUUUAAAACGAAUUUGUUUAUUGCAUAGUGCCGUAAAGGAAAUAAACACAUCCGUUGGCUCAUGCAGAAACCUGACAAUGUUGAAUUUGAGACACAAUUAUUUGCAAGAGAUACAUUUUAAGGACAUGGAACAGCUGAAGGAUUUAACAGACUUGGAUUUGUCCCAUAAUCAAAUUCAUGUGUUAAAUAUUUGCCCAAACCAUACAUUUUUGUUGCAGCUUGUAUACCUAAGACUGUCUCAUAAUAAUUUAGGAAGUCUUGCAGAAAGACAAUUUCAGUGCUUACAAAAUCUCCAGGUAUUGACUUUAGGACACAAUAAAAUCUAUAGAAUAGCAGAUUUUGCAUUCCAUGGCUUGAGACAGCUGCAAGGUUUGUACCUGCAGCACAAUAACAUAAUCAAUAUAAGGAAUAAUACUUUUUCCAGUCUGUUUUCGGUUACUUAUUUAAAUUUAUAUGAAAAUAAAAUACGCAGUGUAGCUAAAUUUCCAUUUGUUGAUUUAAAGAAGCUCGAAAAAAUCAAAAUCACUUUUAAGAGUUUUAUCAGUGACAUAUGGAAGUACAUUGGACAUUCUGUCAAACACAUUUUUGUAAAAAGUUACGAUGACCGUGUUUAUUUGCAAGAGGGGCAAUUUAGAAAUGAUUCAAUGCUAGAAGCAAUUAAAAUAGAAUCACGUUCUAUAUUUCUAGAACCAUGUAAUGAGUUAGGCUUUAGCCAGUUGAAAAUGAUGGCUUUAAAAAAUAACCUGUAUUUUGUAUGUCUUAUAAGUGGUAAACAAGCUUUAUCAAAUUUCGCAAAUCUAGAAAAAUUAUAUUAUAAUGCUAAUUCACAGGACUCAUCUGACGUAAUCACCCUUAAUUCCACUUUGCAACAUUUAAAGAAAUUAGUUUAUCUUCGCAUAGAAAACACUGAUAAAUUAAUAGGAAGGUCACCUUUAAACAUACAUAAGUUGUUUACUGGUUUAUCAAGUUUAAAAGUGUUGCACUUGAAAAAUUCUGGAUUAGGUUGCUUAGAUUCAAUGAAAAUGUUUCGGGACUUAAAGUCAUUGGAGAUUCUUCUUAUUGAGAAUGAAAACAUUCAAUCUAUUAAUGAACAUUUGUUUGCUGCGAUGCCUGAUCUUAGGUAUGUUUUUCUAAAGAAUAUUAUUUUGCCUUGUAAUUGCAAGCUUAGUGGGUUAUUAUCCUGGUUAAAAUAUGACACACAGGUGUCCAUUAUUAAUUUUCACGAACAGGUAUGUUUCAUAGACUCCAUGAACAUGAAUUUGAUUGAUUUCUUAGAAACGAAUUGCCAGGAUGACUCAAAUCUCAAAAUAUUUAUAUCCACUUUCAUUGGCAUUUCGCUAUUUAUUGCCGUUUCCAUAUUUCAUGAAAGUAUUUGGUGGUAUGCUCUUUAUCUAGUAUAUACUAUGAAGUGCUGGUUGAAUUACAGAUUAAAAGGAGGGAUUAAAGACCAAUAUCAGAAUGAUGUAUUUGUUUCCUACAGCACUGUUAAUGAACAAUGGGUGAUAGAACAGCUACUUCCCAACUUGGAGCAAAAAGGACCUCCGUUUUUUAAGGUGUGCAUCCAUAAUCGGGACUUUGAGAUUGGCAGAGACAUAGUUGAGAAUAUCGUGGACAGUAUCUAUAAAAGCAGGUGGACUAUCUGCCUCAUUACACAUACUUACCUAAAAAGUUACUGGUGCUCCCUAGAGUUGCGUAUGGCAACCUACAGACUUGUAGCAGAGAGUAAAGAUUCUCUCAUAUUGAUAUUCCUUGAUAAGAUCUCUAGGGAAGAGUUACAAUGCUAUCAUAGACUGACCAAACUGCUAGAUAAGAAAACAUAUCUGGAUUGGCCAGAUGAAGUCAGCGCCCAGGAAGUGUUUUGGGCAAGAUUACGCAAAGUACUUGGUUCCAACACUGUUGCAAUGGAGGCUUCAAGUCAAGACCAAAAUUUGCAAGCAAUUAUUAACGCAGCGGUGGCUGCUUCACUAGAAAAGGCCCUGGCACGGGUGCUGCCCGUUGAAUCAAAAGAGCCAAAAAUAUCAGAAACCCUGCAUUCUGAUGAAGAGGCGGAGGAUUCCGACUCCUCUAAAAGAAACCCUUCCAACCCCAGUAAACGUUAUUGGAAAGGGAAUGGGCCUGAACCGCUCAAACGUAAGGGGAAAGAACCGGCAAAACGCCCUAAACAGGUGGAUGUUAGAGAGAAACACUCCAUCCAGCCUACUCUGUCGGAAGAGGAGGAAGACUCUUUCGACUUACACCCCUUAGCCAUCCUGGAUGAAUGGCAAGCUGACCACUCCUCAGAAGAGGAGGAAGACUGGCCCGAGACAUCCUUUAAAGGAGCACCUCUUCCUCAAUCUAUUAUGGGAGAACUCCCAACCGAAGUCACGUCCGGAUCGAAUCCAUCUGGGGACGCUGAAUCUUUCCUGGAUACACUUGGGCAGCCUCUUUUUGACCCGAGGCAAAUUAGAUAUCCUCGAUCAUCCGAAUGGUCACUACCCGACCAUCUUUCCCAGUAUAUUCAUUUUUGGAUCAGAAGACCCCUAGAUCGGGAGAUCCGUAAAAGACUACGAGCGGAAUGCCCUAGACCCACCCUACCGGAUAAGGUCGCGAUGACACCGGAGUUUGAUACGCUGCUCUACACUUAUCUAGCCAGAUCGGGCCGUGACCCAAAGAAGGGCAUUGAGCGCAGCCUACGCCUGACCCAUCCAGAGUCAUCCAGUUUCUCGGCUUCGAGAUCGACUCUUCAACCUGUGUUCUUCGCCUACCCCAGUCCAAAUUAA